AAAUAUGUAUGUACUACAUAAGUAUAAAAUAGUUAAAUUUUCUUACAGUGAAAUCCUUUUUUCUCUCUGUUUUUUAACUAGUUUGUUUAUAUUAAUAUUGUGAUUCACUAUGUAUUAAGUUUAACCUCCACAUAAACAUGUUUCUUUUCGCAAAAUGUCAGGUGUCUGCCUUCCAGCUGGUGAUAUUUAUGUAUCUGUAAAAAUUGAAGAAAGUGAUCCAUAUGAUGGAAUUUUGCGUCUCCUCAAAGAGAUACGGCCAGAUUGGAAUCCCGAAAACAUAAAAUUUAAGCUUUUUACAGAUGGCAUUACUAAUAAACUAGUUGCUUGCCGCUUGUGUACCAAUAUGGAUAAUGAUGAUAAUGUAGUUCUUGUACGAAUUUAUGGGAACAAAACUGACUUGCUCAUAGACAGAACUGCUGAAAUAAGAAAUAUAAAAACAUUGCAUGCUCUUGGAUUGGCACCUGAAAUAUAUUGUAUAUUUGAAAAUGGACUGGCAUAUCAGUAUUAUCCUGGAGUGUGUCUUAAUACUGAAACAGUAUAUGAUGAGAAAAUAUGGCCCCUUGUUGCUCGACAAAUGGCAAAAAUGCACAAGGUCAAACUUGGCCCUGAGAUAAAACAGGAGCCUACAAUAUGGGACAAGACAGAACAAUUUAUGAGUUUGAUACCAGAACGUUUCACGGAUGAAACCAAACAAAAAAGAUUUGUGACUAGUCUUGGGUCAAUAACAAAACUAAGGAUAGAGUUUGAGCGUCUAAAGUCCCACUUAACCAAGGCCGAGAGCCCAGUUGUGUUUGCUCACAAUGAUUUGGUUCUAGGAAACGUGAUCUACAACCAAUCUGAAGGGACCGUUGUGUUCAUUGACUAUGAAUAUGCGGCAUAUAAUUUCCAAGCAUACGAUAUCGCUAACCAUUUCAAUGAAUAUGUUGGUCUUACAAUUGAUGAUAUCAACUACGAAAGAUACCCAAAUAUGGAGUUCCAGAAAAAAUGGAUAAGGGUCUAUUUAACUGAAUAUCUUCAGGAUGAAAUUCCAACAGAGUCGGACAUCCAGAAAGUUUAUAAAGAGGUCCAGAGGCUAACCCUAGCUUCCCACUUCACUUGGGGAGUGUGGUCCCUUGUGCAAUAUGAACAUUCCACUAUAGAUUUUGAUUUUGGCCAGUACGCCGAAAUAAGAUUAAAUCGUUAUUAUGAAAUUAAAGAUCAACUUCUCAAAGAAUUCAGUUGACCAGCCUCAAGUAGUAGUAUUACAGUCUAAUGAAAUCCAUGGGUAAAAAUAUUUGUAUAUAGGUACUUUGUGCAAUAUAAUGUCAUAAUACCAUUAUGAUAUUUUAAUAGUUUAUAUCAGUAGAUUACAUACAGGUAAGGUCUGUCUAUCAUUUACUUGUCAAUGAUAAGAAUUGUAUACACAAAAAUUAUAAAUACCCUGAUAUUAUUGAAUGUAAAUAAAUGACAAAUAUUUAUUUAAAUACCUACCUAGUCCUAGUUUUCACUGGUUUCCACUAAAGGUUUCCCUGCGUAAAUUUUGUAAUUAUAAUGCAGAUUAAAAUUGUUCAAUUUAAAAAUGUUUUUUGUUAGAUAUUUACAUUAUUCUUCCUCUUUCUCAUGAUAAGUUACCAAAACUGUAGCGCUAAAAUUGUGGUUCCGUGCGGAUAGGGCAAGAUUUACCUUCACUCCGCAAGAACAUUUUUAUGGAAUAAAUUGAGGCAAGGUUUCCUUCAAACCCCUCGGUCGGGAUAAAGGUUGGUUUUUUUCAUGUUAGCACAAUCACAACGAGUUUUGAUGGCCGCUCGCGAUUUUCCACCAAAUAAGCUUACUGUCGCUGCCAGACAACGCCCCUGGCGGAUAGUUGAGGGCCUUAUAAUCAUUUAUUUGUUUAGUGACCGUUGCGAGAAUACUCAUAGUAUCCGUUGUAGAAAUCAAAAUAAUAAAGGACUGUUAAUUAUUCUGAUUUCUAUUGCAUCUGAACAGCGAAUUGCCUAAAAUGAAUUUGUUCGGUUUUAAGUUUCACUACAGCUUCAUUUAACACUCAAUUUAGCAUGGUUUGUUGUGCGGCCGAAAAGGUUUACUUUUAUACUUAACUUACUUUUGAAACGUACACUGAAAUUCUGACCAUCGCCAUACGAUAAAAACUUCACCAUAUAGGGUGAUUGCGCUGGUUUUCGUCCAAUUAGCGGAGUUGCUAGUUUUCAGACGUAAAAAUAAUAUGAUAAAGUAUCCUAAUUAAAAUAGCUCAUAUUUGUUUAUAUACCUCAUAUAGUCUAUUUUUGAUAAAAAUUAAGAAACUUUUAAUUAUAACUACAUUGUUUUUUAUAUAAAUAAUUAAAUGUUAAAUGGCAGAUUUCAUUAGUUUUCGUCCAAAAAAGUUUGGUUUUCGCCCUGGCGUGAUCUAGUUUCCGUCCAGUAUGUAAAAAAGAGUAAAAGUGCAAUGUUAAAUAAAAACUGUUUUCUUAAUCUUUUAUUUAAUCAACAAAAAUAUUUAUUCUUCAGCAGUAGAUUUCCUGCUUUUUUUAUUUCCCCGAAUCCAUCUAUAACAAUUAAUUUCAUAGUUUAGUACCUACUAGAAAAACCUGUACGAAUUAACAAGAAAAUGUGUUAGAAGUAGAUUCCACACUAUUAUGGACGAAAACUAAUAAAAAAAAAUUGCUGUUUAGUUUUCGUCCAUGCCAUUUAAACAUUUUUUAAAACAAGCAAUACCGAGAAAUUAUUGGACGUUAACUAAAUAUCUUGUCAAAUAGCCAAUAAAGUUCAUAUCUUAAGAAAACACAUAUUUUUUUAUAGGUCUGAAAAAGUAAAAUGAACACUCCAAAUACUUAGCUUGCUGUUUUAGUUUCCGUCCACGUGGACGGAUACCAAAUAAUUGGUAAAAUAGGCAUGUCAGUAUUCGUCCGCAAACUUUUACUAAGAUUACUACAAAAACAUUGUAAAAUAACCUAAACAUAAUGUAAGUUAUACUCUUAACCCUUCAGCUGCGGCGGCUAUACGCAAACUGCGCACCUCGUCUGCGGCGUUCAAGCGCCGCGGCGGACGGGCGCGCAGUGUCUUAGAUUUUGUUGUAUAUCUGUAUAUAAUUAUUUGGGACCUACCCAAAAAUUUAUUUUUUUUUAAAGAUAUAUAAAUGAAGAAUCAUAUGCAAUAAAUUUUGAUGCGAAAAAACACUUGCGUUUAUUAUAUUUAGGUCACUGAAUUCAAAA